GGCGCAUGAUCAUUGUCACAUUCUCCAGCCUUAAUCUGCAGUCUCACCAUCGCACUUCCCUUGGAGCCAUCGCCAUCCCCCACUUUAGAAAAUGCCUCGCAAAGAUGCCACAUCGGGGCCAAUAUCUGCACAAGCCCAGCAAGACCUAGUAUCAGAAGGCAUAGAGAACUUUGAGCUGCCAAAAAGCUUGGUUACGAAAAUCGCGAAAUCGUCGAUACCCGAAAAUUCCAAAUUGCAGAAAGAUACGGUCUUAUCCCUAGUCAAAGGCUCAACCGUGUUUAUCAACUAUCUCGCUGCCACCGCUCACGAUGUCGCGCAGUCGAAACAACACAAAAGCAUUUCGGCGUCAGACGUCCUCAAAGCCCUUGAAAUUAUCGAAUUCGGAGACCUCGUAGACAAUCUUCAAGCUGAGUUGCAAGUGUAUCGCGACAACGUGAAAGGUGACAAAGGGAAGAAAAGUGGUGCCACCAGCUCUUCUGCUAGUAAAGGAAAGGCCAAGGAGACAGAAUCUAUUUCUUCGACUUCUCGGUCCAAAGGAAAAGAACGAGCCGUACCUCUUCCGCCCCCGUUUACAUCUGUGCCACGAGCAACAGCCCUUUCGUCUAUAUCUCAGGGCGACACUAACGGAGCAGAUGAUGAUUUGAUGGAAGAAGACGAUGAAGAAGAAGACGAUGACGAGUUGGCCGAUAUUGGGGCAGAGGAGGACGAUGAGGGAGUAGAGGAGGACGAGAUUAUCGAUGAAGAUGACGAGGAGGGUGAGGGGGAAGAAGAGCCUGUUGACUUAAUGGCUGUCGAGAACAGUGAACUAAGGGAGGAUUCUAUGGUUUUAGAUCUGCCAGACGAUGCUGAGGAAUAAUGAAUUUGUCCUUCAAACUUGGUCCCCAAUGCUGGAUGUAUUUUACUUGUGCAGACUCA